ACAAUUUUAAUUUUCUAUAUCUUCUAUGAAAAUGAAAAGUUGACAUUUGUGUUUCUGAAAUAGUUCAAAUGGAUUCGUUUUGUUUCAAAUGACAACUAGAUAAAUGCUAACCUAUACUAUGUAGUUUACAUGUUCUACACCUUGUAAUGUGUUGAAGGGUCUUUUUGUGAUAAAGACUUGCUUUAUUUUUCACAUACUCACGUGCUGUUGCUCAAUGGAAGUUAUUUGUUUUUCUCUAUAUGUGCCAAAUCUCUUAACAUAAUUGCGGGUGGCCUUUUUUUUGCUUUUCAUUUGUUUCAUUUAUGACACUUAUCUGUGUUACUUUGUACUUUGUAGAGUUAUCAAUCACCAGUAUAGCUUGACAUGUUUAAUAUCGAUUGCGCCGUCUGUUAUUGACUUUUCUUAAAAUUUUAGAGGAACAGGGUUUGAUGUCACAAUUUGGUUCCUUUUUUAUAAAAAAUCUUGACUAUGUAUAUUAUUCUCCACAGUUCUUCGUGUCUUUGUUUCAAUCUUUUAGAUUACUGAAACAUCGUCAAUGUCACUUUGGACCCUUAUUUAUUUGGUCAUAAUCAUCGCAAUUCUGAUUUUAGAGGAAAUGGAAGCUACCGCUGUUGACAGCGGCAAUGGAACCGAGACUAGACAUAUCAUUGUGACUACUAUUGGUGGUAAAAAUGGUCAGCCAAAGCAGGUGAUUCCAGGUCAGUGUGGUUUCAUUGCUCAACUCAACGAGGGUCGUCACCUCAAGAAGAGACCAACCGAGUUCAGAGUUGAUAAGGUUCUUCAGCCUUUUGACGGAAACAAGUUCAACUUCACUAAAGUUGGACAAGAGGAGGUUCUGUUUCAAUUUGAAGCCAGUGAAGACGAUGAAGUCCAGUUCCAUCCAAAUGCUCCGGUUGAUGUUGAGAAUUCUCCAAGUUUCGUUGCCAUCAACGUUAGUCCUAUUGAGUAUGGGCAUGUUUUGCUGAUUCCCCGCAUUUUCGAGUGUUUGCCUCAAAGGAUUGAUCACGAGAGCUUACUGCUUGCGCUUCCCAUGGCAGCUGAAGUCGCUGAUCCAUAUUUUCGUUUGGGUUACAACAGCCUCGGCUUAUUAUUUGGCUAUGCCCUUUCCUAUCGAGAAAGCUCCCACUAAGAAAAUUGCAACUUUGAACGGCGGAGUGAAGAUGUCUGAAUUGUUGAAAUAUCCGGUUCCAGGUCUUGUCUUCGAGGGUGGCGACACACUUGAAGAUUUAUCGAAAGUUGUUUCAGAUGCUUGUAUCUCCCUACAAAACAACAUACCUUACAAUGUUCUGAUUUCUGACUGCGGAACACAAGUGUUUCUCUUACCACAGGUAAAGAAAAUCUCAAACUAAGUUCUUACAUGUGAGCACUUAUCAUAUAAGUGCUUAUUUCUAAACACUAUUUCUAACAAAUAGUUGUGAAACCUAUUUGAUUAUGCUUGAACACAACACACACUUUCAUAUCAGUUCAUAUAAAAACAUCCAAACCUACUUAUAUAAGAAAUUUCCAACCUAGAAUAGUUAAAUACAAUACAUUUUAACUAUAAAUAGAGGUCUAGUAAUAAUAAUAAUAAAAAGUAAAUAGUCAUAUAAUAUUUAAAAACAAGCCAUAGGAAAACAAAUUAACUUUCAUGGUUUGUUCCUGCCAAAAAAGCCUUUAGCAAUUGGAAUUUACUCUCUGAUUGUGAAUGAUCUCUGAUUGUGAACGAGCAGCUCCUUUGAAAGCUACAAAUGUAAGGAUGUUCUGAUAUUCCGUACUCCAUCCA